UAAUUGUGAAAGACUCAACCCGGAAGUUCUUCGGCAGCUCAUUUAUCGUCCUGUAGUUCCGAAAAUGGCGUGUUCAUUACCCAUUAGGAUCUCAAUAUGUUGUAGUGUUGUACUGCUAAUGUGCACACAUCUAGCGAGUGGUAACAACGGCAGAAAGGUCGGAGAUGCUGUGGACACUGAGUUCAGUGGGUUCUCCGUGCCUCUGGAGCACUCGUUUGAAGUCGAUGAUCUGGCGAAGUUUCGGGUGCGCGGGGCCCUGAUACUCAAACCUGGAAGGGAGCCGGCCGUGUCGCUGUCUCAGAACCAGCUGUCAGAGGAGGACAGGACUAAACUCAAGGAGGUGGCGGCAGUGGACGGCCUGUACAGAAUCAGAGUGCCCCGCGUGUCUCUGCAGACGGACAGGAUGUCGGAGAGGCCGAUGGAGGGGCACCUCUCUGCCUUCGUCAGAGCAUGUGCCAUGGUGGAGUCCCACCUCAGCGACGUCAUCACCCUCACCACCGACGUGUCGGGCUACCUCAUCGGGGUGUCCAUCGUGACGCUGCCCGGGGCGUGCCGGGGCAGCGAGGUGGAGGACGAGGUGGACCUGGAGGCCUUCAACACCACCCUGAGCGUCAUGGCGCCCGUCAGCGCGCCUGGACCUGAGACGGCUCUGUUUAUCGAACGCAUGAACAUGGAAAUCGAGAAGAAGGGAAAGAAUCCACAGGAGCAGAAAUCUUUCUUUGCUAAAUACUGGUAUUUGAUUCUGGGAGGUGCUAUCUUCCUCAUGGUGUCCAGUUCGGCACAGCCCCCAGCAGGGGGGGCCGGAGAGCAGAGCUGAUUUCCCACUCAAUGGAUGUACAUAGUGCCUCUCGUUCUCUUCCUAAUGAUGUCGGGCGCCCAAGAUCAAUCUGGGGGAGGAGCCAGUGGUGGCGCAGCCAAUGGGGGUGGUCGAUGAUUUUUCUUUUUCUUUUUAGUUGACGAUAGUUGUUCAGGACGAAAGUUUUAAUGGAGAAGUUUCUAACUGCUGUACAUAAUGCUAUUUAAACAUUUCUCGUACAAUUACAACACGCUGUAAUGUCCGAACAGAUUGUCCGCAUAAACUGUUGUCAUUUGCUGAUGUUUUUAUUCUAAUAAGUAAAAAGUAUUUAUUAAUCCCCAGUAGAUACGUUUACGACGGACUGCCCCCAUUUAGUCUUUUAACACGGCGCCGUUUAGCAUUAUCAACUGAUCCUAACAAGUGUGUUUGUGUGUGAAUGAAAUUUAAAUUGCAAUAAAUGUCCCAAGUUAGCGUCCCGUGUGUGUGUGUGUGUGUGUGUUUGAGGCUCCCUCACGGCUCCAGGCAGCAGAUCAAGUAAUUACAGGCUCGCUAUUUAAUGUUCUUGCCAGGAUUGACUCGAAUGGUCCUGGUAAACAGAAAGCAUCCAUCUGUUAUGGCGGCUAAUUGUAGUUAUUGUUCAGCCUAGUGAUAUGGACCACAUUCGGAUUCAACAUGAAAUGCGGUCUAAUUUAAGAAAGAAGUGCAUGUUUUUCCUGUGUUCAGAUUAAUUGAAAGCCACUGUUUUUUGGUUCUGUUUUGUCUGCAAAUGCUUCCGUGAUUAAAACAUUUAAUGUAA